AUGGGGGCAAAAGCGCGGCCGCCGCAGAAUCCCCAAAGUUCCCCUUUUCACCUCGCCGAGUCUUUUUCCGCACUUCUCUCUGAGUCUCUUCGAUCCUUCGCUCCACCUCCACCACCUACUACUCCAGACCGGUUUAAUUUCGACUUCAGGCCGUCUACCGCUCUCGUUGGAUCCUUUUAUAGCAACUUAUCACCGCUGGCGGCGAAGAACGACUAUCAGAACUUCACGGUGCCGGGUUCUCAGGAUAUCCCGCUGGAUAAUUACCAUACCACGCAACCUGCUACUCUUCGUCCUGCAAACACCCAUGCCCGCCGCCAUCAGGGAUUCCCGCUCUCGAAUCGUCACAACAGCAACUCCGGCAAGGCAGUAAACCGGUCUCCGUCUAGCUUUCGUCUGUGGAAUCCUAUAAACCACGUUCCUCGGACUGCCGUCGUUUCGAUUCGCGGUGACGAAGACAUCGGUCUCAUAGCAUCUGACCGUGACGCGUACCCGCUUCUUUCACUCCCGGAACAUCACCGCAACGGCCUCUCGUCUACAACCAGCCUUGCUGUUGAGUACAGUGCGGGAGGAGCAGAGAGUGGCCGCACGAGCAUCGCGCUGCCGAGCAGUCGUCGGCGCAGCCAACCCAUCGAAUCUGCGGAACAUUCCGAUAUGCCAGCCGAAAACAACAAUAUCACCGGUCACAUUCGGCCCGAUGACGGCAUAAUACAUCCUCCUCGCCACGCACAGUCGAACAAUUCCUUACGGGCUUCAACAUAUGCGUCGUAUCCGUCUAAUGGAGGCAAUAAUAUUAAUAGCGGAGAAGCAGAUGGUGGUGAAGAGCUGGCUUGGGGCCCCGCGCAUCCGUGUUAUCCACACAUGAAUCCGCAUGUACCCUUGCAAUCAGAAGAAUUUACAAGCACCCGGAUUAUCCGUAUUCGUCGCGACUGGAUGGUUAAAGGAGAUCUUGCCCCUACAUUUUCAAACUUAUAUCCCGAGAUCUUAGAUCCGUUGCUACCUGAACAAGAGUUCCGUCGUAUCAUAGCCAAGGUCAAUGGAGAGCUGGUCAAAGCAUUCGACCCUUUUUCAUUACGCAACUGGUUUGAUGCGGCCAUGGGCUUGGUGACUGGGUGGUUGUGGGAUGAGAUGGGCUUUGCCGGAAUCAAGAGCCAUUUACAUCGAGUAGAAGAUUGGCUGGAGAAAUGGAAUCGCGAAGUUGGGUCUAAAGAUGGGGUUCGGAUCUGGAGUCUUCGACGAACAGCAUAUAUGACAUUGGAUAUCCAAAUUCCGGAUCCUAAAGUCGGUCUCGUCAACCCUGAAGACGCUUCAGUACCCGGGACAAGACCGGAUACUGGUUUUGACUCUGAGACUCCUACUGCACCGGCAGAGGCUCAUGUUCGAUGA